AUGGGCGACACCCUCGAAGAGCGCCUCAAGAGCCAUGCUCGGGCGUUUGAAGGCCUCAUGUCCCUGAUCCCCGCCAAGGACUACUAUGGCAAAGACGAGAGCAUCACCAGUACACAAUGGCAGAAGAAGAAAAAGCAGACCCUGGAGGAACGCCAGGCUGCAAAGAGAGCCAAGCUAGACCCAGCUUUCCACAAGUCAGCCAAAGACGUCAUGGACGAGAAUGCGCGAAAGCGGAAACGUGAGAUCGAGGGCGAGGUCUCUGGUGAGGAAUCCUCUGAGCUCGACAUGGACAUUGUCAAAGAGAAGCCUCUAGAGGGCAUCAAGAGCAAGGCCAAGAAACAAAAGAAGGCUGUCGAGGCCCAGGAACCGGCGAAAGAGGAAGAGGAUGAAGGACGCGCUCUGACCAAAGCCGAAGCCAAGGCAGAAGCCAUAAGAGAGAAGCGUAGGGAGAAGAGAAAAGAGCAACAGCUGAAGAAGCAGGAAAAGAAGGAGGCAAAAAAGACCGCCGAGGCUGAGUUUAAGCAUCUUGCCGCCACGGAGAAGCCCGAGGCAGACGAGGACGAGGUCGAAGACGAUGAUGCGUCUGAAGAUCAACACGAACAUCCAGAUGAUCGGAUACAAGCUCUCGACGUCAGUGGCCUUGUCGAUGAUGCUCAGUCUACUGCUCCUUCCACUGCCGCCGAGUCAAAUUCAUCUACAGCUUCAGUCGAUUCCGCUGCUACAUCAGCAUCAUCGCAGGCCCAGCAGAGCGAGGACGGCCCUGAGAAGAAAGCAAAGAAAACCUUCAAGCUUGACGCACAAGCCCAGGAUGAGUUCAGGGCGCGACUUAAUGCAAAACUUGAGGCAAUGCGUCAAGCGCGCAAGGCAGAUGGACCUGACGGUCGCCCUGCAAGAAACCGAGCAGAGCUCAUCGAACAACGGCGGAAGAAGGAGGCCGAGCGAAAAGCAGCAAAGAAGGCCAGUCGUCAAGAGGCAAAAGAGGACGAGGCCCGGCAAAAGGCAGAGGAACAACUCGCGCGCAUUCGAGGCGGUUCCGGUUCGCCGUCAGUGUUCCCUGCCAGGUCACCAGAAAGCGAACGCAACUUCAACUUCGGCAAAGUAGCAUGGGACGGACAACAACUCGAAGCCAACCUCUCCGGUUUCCUCGAAUCCAGGAAGAAGAAGGGCAAGUCAGACGCCAAGACGGCAUUGGAAGCUGCUCAAAAGAAGCAAGCCCGCCUAAAUGGUCUUGAUGAGGAGAAGCGGAAAGAUAUACAAGAAAAGGUCCUUUGGCUUGCCGCAAAGAAGAGAGCACAGGGGGAGAAGGUCUUGGACGAUGUAGGCCUCCUCAAAAAGAGUCUAAAGCGCCAACUCAAGCAGAAAGAGAAGAGCAAACAAGAGUGGAAAGAGCGCCUAACCAACGUCGAGCACGGCAAAGAGGCCAAACAAAAGAAGCGUGAGGAGAACCUUCGGAAGCGGAAAGAGGAAAAAGGCCAAAAGGGCAAGAAAAAGGGAGGAGCCAAGAAGCCUGGCAAGAAAGUCAAGCGACCGGGCUUUGAGGGCACAUUCAAGGCAAGGUAG